AUGUCUACCGGUGGCCUGGCGAGUGGCGUUAUUUUCCUUCGUCCACAAGAAGGCAAGACAGAAAAGCUUAAAGCGUUUUUGGAGAAAAACCUGAGCGACAUCCGCGAAAAUGUCGACGGGGUUCUGGUUGCCUUUUACUUUUGGUCCGCGCGGAAAAAUCAGUUCGUCGUGGUCGAAAGCUUCGAAAGCACUGAAGCAAUGUUUGCCUACGGUAACAGCAAGUAUCACGAAGAUCUAGUCAGCAAAGUCAUUGAGCUUGGAGUAACUCCGUUCGAGGCGUUUACGAGCCAGGAUGACCAGCAGGAGCUUGAGGAUUUCCGGAAUACCGAGCAGGCGAUACAUUUCGCACUGUAG